UUUUCAGUACAAACCCCGCAAGGAUUGUUAUUUUAAAGCACAUUUUGGAGUCUACUUCACAGUGGAUCUAUGCCAGCCCCACGAGGGUUUCAACGACACCAGUGAAGUUGAAGAGGAGGAAUGUAUCGUUUCUUUGUGAAACUAACAUUUCUGCUUUCAGCCAUCGUCUCAUCCGAAGGUUUAAAAUGCUCCUUACCCACUGAGUCCUGUCUAAAUGGAGGGAGAUGUGAGCCCUCCUCAAGCGGAAAUGGAGAGUGCAGGUGUCCAAGUGAUUACGUAGGCAACAGGUGUCAGUUCCCAAGUCCUUGCAGCCCGUCUCCUUGUCGGAAUGGAGGUGAAUGUCGCCCUGUUGUUCAUGGCAACACAUUUGAUUUCCGUUGCAUUUGUCGACUGGGUUUCACUGACCGUCUUUGCCUGACACCCACCAACCAUGCCUGCAUGAGUUCUCCAUGUCGCAAUGGAGGGACAUGUGACCUCAUCACACUUUCGUCCUACCGAUGCCGAUGUCCACCUGGCUGGUCUGGUAAAAUGUGCCACAUUGCCAAUCCCUGUGCUUCCAAUCCUUGUGCCAAUGGUGGCCAGUGCUCUGCCUUCGACUCUACAUUCAUUUGCACAUGUCCACCAGCCUUCCAUGGUAAAACCUGCAAACAGGAUGUCAAUGAAUGUGCACAGAUACCCUCUCCAUGUCAGAAUGGUGGCGUGUGCGCGAAUGAGGUGGGGUCCUACCACUGCCGCUGCCCUCAACAGUAUACCGGUCAGCACUGCGAGACUCUGUACAUGCCAUGCAGCCCCUCCCCGUGCCAAAAUGGAGGCACCUGUGUUCAGAAGGGAGACACGACUUAUGACUGCAGCUGCCUGCCAGGCUUUACUGGCCCACACUGUGAACACAACAUUGAUGAUUGCCCAGGCCACAACUGUCAGAAUGGUGGAAUCUGUGUGGAUGGAGUAAAUACCUAUAAUUGCCAAUGUCCACCUCAUUAUACAGGUCAAUUCUGCACAGAAAAUGUGGAUGAAUGUGAAUUAAUGCCCAAUGCCUGUCAGAAUGGAGGAACUUGCCAUGAUACUCAUGGAAGCUACCACUGUGUUUGCGUGAACGGCUGGACAGGCGAUGACUGCAGUGAGAACAUCGAUGACUGUGCCAGUGCAGCGUGCUAUCAUGGUGCCACCUGUCAUGACAGAGUUGCCUCUUUCUUCUGUGAAUGUCCACAUGGACGCACAGGUUUGCUGUGCCACCUUGAUGACGCAUGCAUCAGCAACCCCUGCCAAAAGGGGUCCAACUGUGACACCAACCCAGUGAAUGGCAAGGCAAUAUGUACUUGUCCACCUGGCUACACUGGAUCAGCCUGCAACUUGGACAUUGAUGAGUGCUCUCUUGGAGCAAAUCCAUGUGAACAUGGUGGUCGGUGCCUCAACACUAAAGGAUCUUUUCAGUGCAAAUGUCUUCAAGGAUAUGAAGGACCCCGUUGUGAGAUGGAUGUCAAUGAGUGCAUGUCUAAUCCUUGCCAUAAUGAUGCAACAUGUCUGGAUCAGAUUGGAGGCUUUCAUUGUAUUUGUAUGCCAGGAUAUGAAGGUGUAUUUUGCCAUAUUAACACAGAUGAAUGUGCCAGCCAGCCUUGUCUUAACAGUGGCAAAUGUAUCGACAAGAUCAACUCAUUUCACUGCGAGUGCCCAAAAGGUUUCUCUGGUCAUCUCUGCCAAGUGGACAUUGAUGAAUGUGCCAGUACACCAUGUAAGAACGGGGGCAAAUGCACUGAUGGUCCCAAUAAGUAUACAUGCGAGUGUGCAGAAGGUUACACAGGACAACACUGUGAAAUUGACAUCAAUGAGUGCUACUCCGAUCCCUGCCAUUAUGGGACAUGUAAAGAUGGACUUGCCUCCUUUACCUGCUAUUGUCGACCUGGUUACACUGGCCGCUUGUGCGAGACAAACAUCAAUGAAUGCCUUAGCCAGCCGUGUAAGAAUGGUGGAACUUGUCAGGACAGAGAGAACACAUACAUUUGUUCCUGCCCCAAAGGAACCGCAGGUUUCAACUGUGAAAUAAAUCUUGAUGACUGCAAAAGCCAGCCCUGUGAUUAUGGAAGAUGCAUAGACAAAAUCAAUGGCUAUGAAUGUGCCUGUGAGCCCGGCUACACAGGGGCUAUGUGUAACAUCAACAUUGAUGACUGUGCCAUCAAUCCCUGCCACAAUGGCGGCACCUGUAUUGAUGGCAUCAACAGCUUUACCUGCCUUUGCCCUGAGGGAUACAAUGAUGUGACCUGUCUAUCCCAGGUGGAUGAGUGCAGCAGUAACCCUUGCAUCCAUGGUCGGUGCCAGGAUCUCAUCAAUGGCUACAAAUGUAGUUGUGACUCUGGAUGGAGCGGACCAAACUGUGACAUCAAUAACAACGAGUGUGAGUCCAACCCAUGUAUGAAUGGUGGAACCUGCAAGGACAUGACCAGCGGCUAUCACUGCACAUGCAGAGCAGGAUUCACUGGCCCUAACUGUCAAACUAACAUCAACGAGUGUGCCUCCAACCCAUGUCUCAACCAGGGCACCUGCAUUGAUGAUGUGGCUGGAUAUAAGUGCAAUUGUCUGCUUCCCUAUACUGGUGAUAACUGUGAAAUCCUGCUGGCUCCAUGCAGUCCCAGACCAUGCAAAAAUGGUGGAAUGUGUAAAGAAGCUGAGGACUAUCAAAGCUUCUCUUGCAUCUGCCCUGAAGGAUGGCAAGGUCAAACAUGUGAAAUUGAUAUCAAUGAGUGUGUGAAGAACCCAUGCCGCAAUGGUGCUUUCUGCUACAACACCAUGGGUGGCUAUCAGUGUAAAUGUCAGCCUGGUUACACUGGUCAGAAGUGUGAAACUGACAUAGAUGACUGCAAGCCAAAUCCAUGUAGUAAUGGUGGCUUGUGUCGUGAUGGCAUCAACACUUUCACUUGCACAUGUCUGCCUGGUUUCAAUGGGGGGCGCUGUGAGCAGGAUAUUAAUGAAUGUGAAAGUAACCCUUGUAAAAAUGGGGCCAACUGCACUGACUGUGUCAACAGCUAUACCUGCACGUGUCCACUGGGCUUUAGUGGCAUUAAUUGUGAGAUCAACACUAAUGACUGCACUGACAGCUCUUGUUUUAAUGGAGGCACCUGCAUGGAUGGUAUCAACGCCUUCACCUGCCUCUGUUUACCUGGAUUUACUGGCAGCUACUGCCAGUAUGACAUCAAUGAGUGUGACUCUAAGCCAUGCUUAAAUGGUGGUACCUGCCUUGAUAGUUAUGGCACCUACAAGUGCUCCUGCCCUCAUGGAUAUACAGGAAUCAACUGCCAGAACCUGGUACGAUGGUGUGAAUUGUCACCCUGUAAAAAUGGAGGAUCGUGCUGGCAGAAAGGAGCAUCAUACACCUGUCAGUGUCAAACCGGAUGGACUGGACUUUACUGUGACAUCCCGAGUGUGUCCUGUGAUGUAGCUGCUAAACGGCAAGGCAUUGACGUGGCUCAGUUGUGCAGAAACUCGGGCCAGUGUUUAGAUGCUGGUAACACGCAUUAUUGUCGCUGCCAAGCAGGCUACACUGGAAGCUACUGCCAAGAACAAGUGGACGAGUGCUCCCCCAAUCCAUGCCAAAAUGGGGCCACAUGCACUGACUACCUUGGAGGUUAUAGUUGUGAGUGUCUCCCGGGUUACCAUGGCGUUAACUGCUCCAAAGAAAUCAAUGAAUGCCAAUCACAGCCCUGUCAGAAUGGGGGGACAUGUAUUGAUUUGGUUAAUACAUACAAAUGUUCCUGUCCCAGAGGAACACAAGGUGUUCAUUGUGAGAUUAAUCUGGACGACUGCAACCCUUCAACUGACCCACUAACUAAUGAGCCUAAGUGCUUCAACAAUGGCAAAUGUGUGGACCGCAUUGGAGGCUAUCAGUGCGUAUGCCCGCCGGGAUAUGUUGGAGAGCGCUGUGAGGGAGAUGUGAACGAGUGCUUGUCAGACCCCUGUGAUCCAAGAGGCUCAUACAACUGCAUACAGCUCACUAACAGCUACCGUUGUGAAUGCCGCACAGGAUACACAGGUCAGCGCUGUGACAAGGUAUUUGAUGGAUGCAAAGGAAGGCCCUGCAGAAAUGGAGGCAGUUGUGCCGUUGCCAGUAACACACCACAUGGAUUUAUCUGCAAAUGCCCACCUGGCUUUACGGGGUCUUCUUGUGAGUAUGAUUCUCGCUCUUGUGGGAGUCUGAAUUGUCGAAAUGGUGGCACAUGUGUGUCUGGACAUUUAGGCCCACGCUGCCUAUGUCCUUCCACAUUCACUGGGCCAGAGUGCCAAACUCCCAGUGACUCCCUCUGCUUCUCAAAUCCAUGCUACAACGGUGGAACCUGUCAGAUCACACUGGAGGCCCCAUUCUUCCAGUGCAGCUGCCCCAGCAAUUUCAAUGGCCUCCUUUGUCACAUCCUUGAUUAUUCCUUCACUGGGGGUUUUGGCCGGGACAUCACUCCUCCUCCGGAAGUGGAGGUGAGCUGUGAGAUUCCACAGUGUGAUGAGUGGGCAGGCAACCACAUCUGCGACUCAUUGUGCAACAACCAUGCCUGUGGAUGGGAUGGAGGAGACUGUUCCCUCAAUUUUGAUGAUCCUUGGCAAAACUGCUCAGCAGCUCUACAGUGCUGGAGAUAUUUUAAUGAUGGAAAGUGUGAUGGUCAGUGUAACAGCCCUGGGUGCCUGUACGAUGGGUUUGAUUGCCAAGGACAGGAAGGGCAGUGCAACCCACUGUACGACCAGUACUGUAAAGACCAUUACGCCGAUGGGCACUGUGACCAAGGCUGUAACAAUGCAGAGUGUGAAUGGGAUGGACUGGACUGUGCCAACAAUAUGCCAGAGAAGCUUGCUGAUGGCCAUCUGGUUCUGGUUGUUCAUAUUCCUCCAGAGCAACUUAAAAAUCGCUCCUCAGCAUUCCUUCGAGAGCUCAGCAGUGUCCUCCACACCAAUGUUGUUUUCCGCCGUGAUGCAAAAGGGGAACCAAUGAUCUUUCCCUACUAUGGCAAUGAACAAGAUCUGGUUAAACAUAAUGUACUGAAACGAUCCACCGAAGGCUGGCCGGAGUGGACCUCUGUUCCUGCAAAUGUUUUUGGUCAAGUGACAGACAGUUUGUCUUCAAUGGUCAGCUCAAGAAAACGUAGAGAAUUGGAUCCUUUGCAAAUCAAAGGGUCUGUGGUGUACUUGGAGAUAGACAACCGUCAGUGUUAUCAGCAGUCCUCUGAAUGCUUCCAGAGUGCCACUGAUGUAGCUGCAUUCCUCGGUGCUCUGGCUUCCAGUGGAAAUCUUAAUGUUCCAUAUAUUGAAGCUGUUACAAGUGUGAAACCCUCUGCUCCCAAUUCUGAGCUCUACCCCAUGUACGUGGUGUUCCUGGGCCUGGCUGCCUUAGGUUUCGUCUGUCUUGGUGUUUUGGUGUCUCGUAAACGCCGACGGGAACAUGGCCAGCUCUGGUUCCCAGAGGGAUUCAAAGUUUCUGAGCCCAGCAAAAAGAAACGAAGAGAACCUGUUGGAGAGGAUUCAGUUGGCCUAAGACCAAUGAAAAUUGUUGAUAUAAACCUUAUGGAUGACAAUCAGAAUGAAUGGGAUGAUGAGGAUCCAGAUUGUCGGCGAUUUAAAUUUGAAGAACAAGCCAUGUUGGAUUUGAGUGACCAUACAGAUCAAAGGAAAUGGACCCAGCAGCACCUUGAUGCUGCAGAUCUGCGUAUUGCAUCUAUUGCUCCUACUCCUCCUCAAGGAGAGAUUGAAAAUGACUGCCUAGAUGUCAAUGUUAGAGGACCAGAUGGUUUCACUCCGCUGAUGAUUGCUUCAUGCAGUGGUGGUGGACUUGAGACUGGUAACAGUGAAGAAGAUGAGGAUCCUUCAGCUGAGAUCAUAACUGAUUUCAUUUAUCAAGGGGCCAACCUCCAUAACCAAACUGACCGCACAGGUGAGACCGCUCUCCACCUAGCAGCCCGUUAUGCUCGCUCUGAUGCUGCCAAACGUCUUCUGGAGUCCAGUGCUGAUGCCAAUGUCCAAGACAACAUGGGCCGUACACCUCUUCAUGCUGCUGUGGCUGCCGAUGCACAAGGAGUCUUUCAGAUUUUGAUCAGAAACCGUGCCACUGACCUUGAUGCAAGAAUGAAUGAUGGAACAACUCCACUGAUUCUUGCUGCAAGAUUGGCGGUUGAAGGCAUGGUUGAUGAGCUCAUAAACUGCCAUGCUGAUGCCAAUGCCACAGAUGAUUCUGGUAAAUCUGCUCUUCAUUGGGCUGCUGCUGUCAAUAAUGUUGAGGCUGCAGUGAUGCUGUUGAAAAAUGGUGCUAACAAAGACAUGCAAGACAACAAGGAAGAAACACCAUUGUUCCUUGCAGCCAGGGAAGGAAGUUAUGAGACGGCAAAAGUUCUUCUGGAGCAUUUUGCUAAUCGUGAGAUCACCGAUCAUCUUGACCAGCUGCCUAAAGAUAUAGCACAGGAACGCAUGCAUCAUGAUAUCGUCCGCCUGCUGGAUGAGUACAAUGUGGUUAGGAGCCCAGGUCUUCACAGUGCACCUUUGAGCAAUGCCAGCCUGUCCCCACCUCUUUGUUCUCCUAAUGACUAUUUAGGCAAUCUUAAGCCAAAUAUUUCAGGCAAAAAGGUUCGUAAAAUCAACAAUGGUAAAGGUGGCAAAGAUGUAAAUAAGGACAACAGACUAAAGAAGAAGAAGUCUGUGGAUGGGAAGGGUAACUUGCUUGAUACAUCUGCAGUGCUGUCUCCGGUGGAAUCUCUUGAGUCUCCAAAUGCCUACCUGUCUGAUGUUGCAUCCCCUCCCAUGACGUCACCGUUCCAGCAGUCACCUCCCCUCUCACUCAAUCAACUCCAGGGCACUGGCGAGAGCAAUCUCAGUCAGAUGGGCUUAUCCUUUGACGCCAACCCACCACGUCUUUCUCAUAUGCCUGUGUCAAGUCCCAACAGUCAAGCCACGACCACCAUUGGAGGCAGCAGAGGACCGUGUGACUGGCUCUCCAGGAUGCAUCCAGGUGUGGGUCAACAAGGAGGCUUCACUCAGUCCCCACCAAUGUCCCAUAAUAUGAUGAGUGCAAUGCAUGGAGUCAACACAGCUACUCUGUCUCAAAUUAUGGGCUAUCAGGGUCUGCAGACCAGUCACCUUGGCUCAUCUGUGCACAACAUGCACCCAGCUCAAAUGCAACAACUUCAGCAUCAGAACUCCAGCUCUACCACAAUUCAACAACCCAGCCAAAACUUCUCUGGCCUUGAGUUGACAAGUCCUGAUGCUCCAAACAAUGCCCCUGGACGCUCUAUGACCAUGCAUACUGUUAUGCCUCAAGAGACGCACAUUCUUGGCACACAGUUUCUCACCCCUCCCUCCCAGCACAGCUAUUCUGGCCCUAUGGACAACACGCCUAAUCACCAACUACAGGUUCCUGACCACCCAUUCUUAACACCCUCCCCUGGUUCUCCCGACCAAUGGUCCAGCUGCUCUCCACAUUCCAACGUGUCCGAUUGGUCUGAGGGCAUCUCUAGCCCACCCACAAGUAUCCAUUCACAAAUGAAUUUGAUACCAGAACAAUUUAAAUAGACUGAACUUUCUAUAGAGUGACUGUCACAAUUUGUACUAUUUUUCGCAUUGUUUUAUUCUUAUGAGAAGAACAGUUUUAGUAUUUGUAUUUAUUUAUGUGGUUUUGGGAUCUGGAUUAUAAAGAAGAUGCUUUUAUAUUUAUGCUUUUUAUAUUUUCUUUUUGACUUGUUGUGUAAGACGGUAGUAGCAGACGUGUAUAUCAGAAAAAAGCCUAAAAGAUGGGUACACAUGCUAUUUAUUUGACCUGAGUGUGUUGCUUUAUAUUCACUGGAUAUUUUUGACCAUCGGUCUUCACAUGUAAUUUUUGUACAUUUUUUUUAUUUUUAUGUUUUAAAUAAUUAUUUUUUAAAUUACAGUAUUAAUUCUAUUUUGGCCUCAUCUGUUGAAGAGGGAGCCUUUGUUACAGAACUGCAUUUCACUAAGUCUUAUCACUGUCUGUGUUAGCAAAUAGUGUAUUAAGUACACCUUGCAUAAUACUAUCUUUCUACUGGAGAUCUGGGACCUUUUUGUCACAAAGCUGUGCACAUAAAACAUUGCUUUUAUAAGAGUGGAUGUGCAUCUGAGUUGUGUUACCAGUUCGGGUUGAACUUCUUAUGUAAAACUGCAGGCACAUUGUUCUUUUAAAUGUUACAUUUGCCACAGCCUAAAAUAGUGCCAGUUUUGUUUUUCUUAAGAAAAACAAGUUAUUUGUGAAUUUUGAUGUAAAAUGUCUUCAAGAUUAAGAAUGUUUUGAGAGAAAUGGGGACCUCUUUUGUCUUUAAAUGAGAUUGCCUGCACUUUGUAAUGAGUGUGUUUAAGAUGUAUAAAUGCCACGUUUUAUAAACUAUUUCAGAGUUGAGAUUUUACAAAAGAGUAAUUCAAAAUCAAUAUUCAUGCAAAGUUGUAGUUUGCAAAGAAGUAUUUCCUGCUGAAGUGUCUUGUAAAAUGUUGUCACUAAGUUGACUUAAUAAAGUCUUUUAAAGCAA